AUUUUCUUUUGUUCUCAGGAGGGACAAUAACAUCGUCUGUGGGAAAGAGAAUCGGCUUCCUUGUGUGAAUACAUAGCAGAUUGCUGUAUGGGAGGCCACCACCGUCUACAUUUCCUAUCAGCACACACAAUCAAUUCUAAGAGUCCAUGUUGAUCUUGGAAGCAGAAAGAUUUAAGAGAGUUAAGUUUCCACGGAGAACAAGAACCUUGCCAUCUCCUUUAGUUCUGAAGGCUGACAGACAAUGGAUAUCAUAGAGACAGCAAAACUUGAAGGUCAUUUGGAAAAUCAGACCAACGAUUCUACCAACACUUACACAGGCCCUGCUGACACUGUAGAAGAAGGAAACAAAAAUGGCAAUGGGAAACCCAAGAGCUUAUCCAACGGGCUACGAAAGGGUGCCAAAAAGUACCCGGACUACAUCCAGAUUUCUAUGCCCACUGACUCCAGGAACAAGUUUCCCCUGGAGUGGUGGAAAACGGGCAUUGCCUUUGUGUAUGCUCUCUUCAACCUUGUCCUGACAACUGUCAUGAUCACAGUUGUGCACGAGAGGGUCCCUCCCAAGGAGCUCAGCCCUCCACUCCCAGACAAAUUUUUUGAUUACGUCGACCGGGUCAAAUGGGCAUUUUCUGUAUCAGAAAUAAAUGGGAUUGUAUUAGUUGGGUUAUGGAUCACCCAGUGGCUUUUUCUGAGAUACAAGUCCAUAGUGGGUCGCAGAUUCUUCUUUAUCAUCGGAACUUUAUACCUGUAUCGCUGCAUAACUAUGUAUGUCACUACGCUACCUGUGCCGGGAAUGCACUUCCAGUGUGCUCCGAAGCUCAACGGAGACUCUCAGGCAAAGAUACAGCGGAUCCUCCGGUUGAUUUCCGGCGGGGGGUUGUCCAUAACGGGAUCACACAUCCUGUGUGGAGACUUCCUCUUCAGCGGUCAUACAGUUGUGCUGACGCUCACUUACUUGUUCAUCAAAGAAUAUUCACCGCGUCACUUCUGGUGGUACCAUCUGGUCUGCUGGCUGCUGAGUGCCGCCGGGAUCAUCUGCAUUCUCGUGGCGCAUGAACACUACACCGUCGAUGUGAUCAUUGCUUACUAUAUCACAACACGGCUGUUUUGGUGGUACCAUUCCAUGGCCAAUGAAAAGAACUUGAAGGUCUCUUCCCAGACAAAUUUCUUAUCUCGGGCUUGGUGGUUCCCCAUCUUCUAUUUUUUUGAGAAAAACGUACAAGGCUCAAUUCCUUGCUGCUUCUCCUGGCCACUGUCCUGGCCCCCUGGCUGCUUCAAGUCAUCAUGCAAAAAGUAUUCCCGGGUCCAGAAGAUCGGGGAGGAUAAUGAGAAGUCUACGUGAGCUGCCAACCUGGCAGCAGCCUUUCCACCAAAAGAGUCCGUGCUGUAACCAAAGGCGCAGCUUCCUAUUUAUUCUCAGAGAACUGACUGGUAAAUGAAGCGGACCAAAUUUUGUGCAAAAGAUGGGAGCAACGAAUGAAGUAUUACCUUUGGCUUUUUUUUUUCUUUUUUAUUCAGCCCAAGAAACGUAUAUUUUCCUGCAGCUCUUCAUCCAAGGGUGACAAAGCCCCCAAAGUGGGAUUUUAAAGAGAUGGCAAAAAACACGCUAUGCCUCUCCUGUUCUUUCUCCAUUUCCACAUUCUUUCCAGAUUUUUUUUCCCUUCCAAGGUCAGAAGAGUUUGCUAAUGUUUUGAAUAAAAUGUCUGGAUAUAUAAAGCCACCGUGUGAAUACAGGCAAUGAUGGUGGGAGCAGGGUUCCACCAAGCAGCUCACUGAGGGCAAGCCACAGGUGGAUUAAGGUCAAACGCACUUUGUUUUUGCCCUUUGUUAAGGUUAGGGUGCUGUCUGGGAUUCACUUUGCUGCUACCCCGCCCCCCAGUGCACUAUGUAUGACUUUUCCUCUUUCUUUAAACCUCUACCUGAUAAUUUUACAAAGGAGUGGUCCAAGGAAACGUGAGUGUGACACACCCAUGGAUUUUUCCUUUGUGUGUGGAUUUUUCACUUUCAAGUCUCUCUGACACAUCCACAGGAAGCAUGGGGCUUUUCCUGCUAUACACAUUAGAUGCUGCCUGCCUGGAGCUCAGGGCUGUCCCAUGUGAAGUGAUGCUCACUCUCACUGGGGAACACAUGUGUGCUCCCCUUCUAGCUUGGACCCGCUGUGAUGUGUUUCUGAUUGGAACCUAGAGAAAUGUUUGGUCACAUUCUAUUAAAACAGUUUCUUCUUAGUUAAUAGUGUGCACUGCAGGAAAUGCAAACUGGAUCCCGAAGGUUUACUGUUUCCUUGCUUUGUAGCAAGGUACUUCUCUCCCUAAGUGCUCCUAAGGACAUAACACCACCCCUGAGCAAUUUGACUUUCACCCUGAGAACAGAACACACGGUGCUGCACUUAAACAUGCUGUUGGCAUCCACACUUGAGAUUACUACAGCUACAUAGCAACAGGGAGCCAAGCAUGGGGGUGCACGCCUUUAGUCCCAGCACUCAGGAGGCAGUUCGAGGCCAGCUGGUCUAUAAAGAGAGUUCCAGGACAGCCAAGGCUGUUACACAGAGAAACCCUGUCUCAAAACAAACAAACAAACAACACCCAACCAUCACCACGGGGGUGGGGGUGGGGCCCACAGGGGACACCUGUGUCUGAUAGGAAUGGAUUUUAAAAUCUGGUGGGUUUAAGAAUAUCUGAUGUAGUGUGUUACUCAGGGCAUAAUCCUUGCCUUGACUCUUUAACUACUGGAAGAUUAGCUAACAGUAGAAAAUGUUCUCCUUUACACACUUGUCAGCAUGGGAGCAGAGGGAGGUGAGACAAGCAGGGUGGAAGGAGACGGUCACAUUGGCAGUGACAAGGUGGGAUGGAGAACAUCCCCAGGUGGAUCCUUGUAAGCCAGUCAGCCUUGAUGUCUCAGAAUUAAACUUUAAAUGGCUUGGGGAAAAAGCACAAUACAGGUCUAUUCAGAAGGGCCGUUGUCCUCUGGUGCUAAAAUUCUGUGUGUGUGUCCAGUGUCUCCUUUUCUGUGAUACUGGGUAGGUAAAGGAAAGGGCUCUGGAUUCAAAGGCCAGAGAGUAAGGUUCUCAAGUCUGGCUGUCUUUGCCAGAGUGGGAACCCUAAACAUCUUUGGCAGACCUGGAAAUGCAAGGUUUUUUUUCAAGUAUUUUUAUUGAAUAAACAAGUAAUAAAUACAUACCCAGUUUACCUUCCACUACCCACAAUUCUGUAGAAUUUUCACAUGCUCAUUUCCUCAACUCUGACCCUUCUGUUUUAGAACCAAGUGUUUUGCUUGGAAACACUAAUUUAACUUGUGUCUGACUGUGAGAUUCAUUUGGCGCUGAAGCCCCUGUUUGGGUCUGCGAGUCUCUCAUUGAAACAAAACAGCCUCGAGCCUUAUCCAGCUGUGGCUAGGAUUUCCCGUGUUUCUUCAAUUAAGGAAAUACUUAAGCAUCAUUACAUUGCCUGUUGAUUGUUGGGAACCCUUGAAACCGCUAACCUUGCAUUUUAGUCAGGUGUUCCGGGCUAUAAAAAACAAUACCAUCCCUUCCUAAAGGACUGAAAACACCCGUGAGUCUCGUGUAGACACCACUGUUCCCAUGUUCUCUGUGUAUUUACUGCAGCUCUUAUGAGGAAGCAUGUGGCUUGACAAUAAUUUUCAAGAUGUGAAAGGUGACCAAAACUCAUGCCAGUGUAGGAAAGGAAAUUGGAGACUUUGCAUGCCACUUGGGAUAUAAAAUGCAGACAAUUAAUGAUGUUGCCUUUGAAACAGUAAUUUUAGUUUUGAGAUGGUCCCAUCUCACUGUGUAGCAGAUUGACUUCCAAUUUUUCAAUCCUCCUGCCUCAGCCUCCAGUGUGCUGGGAUUGCAAGUCUGAGCUCCCAUGCGCCCCGCCUCCCCCACAAAAACAUUGAAUUAUUGCAGCACCUUUUCUUUGCAGUUCAGAUGCAGGUCUUAGCCACUACCUGUGUUUUUGUGAGCCCGUGCUUGGCUUUCCUGUAACUUCUGGGAAACACCUGUAAUAUAUAGCACACAUGCAACUUGCCACAUGUUUUUCCUGAAGCUCCCCAAUGGAAAUGGAGAUCUCUCAAACUUGAGAAGCUGAGCUCCUCCACUAGAUCUGAAAAAGGAAGCAUCCUUCCCCCCCAGUUCCUUCUGAGCUAAUUGUGACUGUCCUUUGAGUUACUGGCAACUCAGGAAGCAGGGUUGACUGUAGACAGACUGGCUGAGAGUCAACUCCUGAAAUCUCUGGGCAGGUCUGUGGCCAUGGAUUCUUUACUGUGUUACUACUGCCACCUUGUGGCAAUGCCAUGUCUGGAAUGCAAAUGCUACUUUAGAAAAAUAUUUUCAGGUUUCUCCAAAGUUUGUUUUGUUGAUGUUUGUUGCUCAUUUUUCUUAACCCCCCCCUCCCCAAAAAAAUCCCUGAAGUUCUCACGGGAAAGAGUUAUUUUAAAGACAUUCUAAGGUCUUCCCAAAGGGAAAGUGCUCAGAAUCCGAUCAAAGAAAAAUUGCAGGUCAUUUUUACCUCCUAUAUCACAAUCAUUAGUGUCUAGUCCAUAACUACCAGGCUUUGUUUACUUCAAAACCCAAAGUCAACUGUCCUUUAUUUAUGUUCUAGAAGUCAUCAUUUCAUUUUAAAUUAAAAGUUCAUGUCUUGCUCCAUAAAUAUUUUAAACUUUUUGUUAGUGUUUUGGUUUUGUAUUAUAAAAGUGAUUAAAAAAUUUUAAGCUGGUCUUAACACACUCACCCCUGUAGUGUAAGGAAGUGUGAGAAGGAGUCUUUUAAUAAAUGAGUUUACAUAUCUUAAUCAAGUAUAUGCAUUGUGUUGGAGCCAUUUCUAUGUCUAUGUGUAAAGAUUUCUUAUAUUAUUGUUUUUAAUGCCAGUGUGUCAUAAUAAUUUAGCCCCUUUGACUCAUUUGACAAAAUGCAUUUUAUGAAGAAGUGCUCUUGACUUCGAUAUUCAUAUAUUGAAACUCAUGUCAGAGGUACCCAAAGAUAAGUUUUUAUACAGAUAGGCGCCUCAUAAGUGCUGGUUUAUUACUCGUUAAUAUUACUGUACUGUGUUCUUAAUGAAUCAUGAAUGGCAAAGGUGGGUCACCGUAGAAUUAUUUUAAACUAUCCUUUAAAGAAAGAGAAGAAACUAUAAGCUAAUCUAGUUGCCAAGUUGGAGUUCAUUAUUUAAUUUACCUCCUAUGCAAUGAUUAAUGCUGCGAAAUGAAUGGUUAAUAAGCUACAGUAUGUUCAAACAAGAACUUUCUUCAUAGGGUUUGAGAGGCAGCCAGUUGCAUUCUUUUGGAAAUUUACUAUACUGUUUCGAUGUGUUAAGUGCCUUGUUGUAAAGUAAAAUUUUAAGUCUAGAAUUCAUUAUUUUCCUGACCUAUAUUUUUCAUUAUGAUUAUCUACGUGUGCUGUUGUAAUCAUUUUAUUAAAUGCUUACAUUUUAAUCAAA